AUGUUUCUGAUGUCUCUGCUGCCACUGGCUGAGAGGGGUUUUGCUCGAUGUCACCAUCACAGCAGCUCUAUGCAUGAGAAAGAUGUGGAACAGCAGCAGCUUGAUGCAUCUAAAAAGUACCUGCAUCUUCUCAUGGAUUCUGUCCACCAGAGAUAUGGAAGCUGGAGAGCAGCAGGAGCAGCAGUGCAGGAACAAAUGCAGCCACUGGCUGUCAACCUUGUCAUUCAGCAGAGCAAAACCUCCUGCUUAAAAGAGAGAACAGAGAAAUCCCAAGAGGAUGUGGCAGGUGCUCAUAAGCCAAAAGAAGGAGCUGUGGAUACAGCUGUUAAAGUAUCGGGUCUGUUUUGUAGUGUGGUCCCACCACGCACAACGAAGGUGAUCUUUUUGUUUGGUAAACCAGGGACAGGCAGGACCAUGCUAAUGCACAGCAGCUGUCAGAAAUGGUUGGGUGAAGGUGACCUACCUUAGUUUCUCUUCACGUUACUGUUUGAGUUUUGGUGGCUGAAUUUAUUAAAAUUGACUCUGAAAGCGCUUUUGUUUGCCCUGUUCCUUCAGACAGAAGACAGCCCUGAUGCAGUGUUCCAGUACCUGCUGGAAAAUACCUGCCAUACACUGAUCAUCUUUGAUGGGCUGGGUGAGUUUGCAGCUAACAUGGACAGGCCAGGCUCUUCUGAGGGAAGGCCAACCCUUACUUCCUGUAUGUUCAUAUAUGAGUUCUUUGCAGACCUCUGUCAUGGGAAGCUCCUGCCUGGGUGCACAGUGUUGAUCACCAGCCGACCUAUGAGACUACCUGACUUCUUAGUAACCACUGUAAAUCUGCUAGCAGAAAUGUGGGGAUCUGACCAUGAGAAGAUUAAGGAAUAUGCUAGCCACUAUUUUCAUCAUCAUUCAUUCAAAGAGCAAGCCAUUGCUCACUUGAAGAACAACAUUAAGCUCCUCAGCAUGUGUCACAUCCCUCCUCUGUGUUAUGUUAUGUGCAGCUGUUUGGAGUAUUUGCUCCUUAAACAUCAGACGAAUGUGGAGCUUUCUUAGACUAUGACACAGUUUUAUAUCAAAAUGCUUCUCAUCUUCAUAAAUAAACAGCAGGGAGAGCAUGAAGGUGGUGAGGAGGUUAAGCUGCACUGCAAAAAGGCCAUUUUGGGUCUCUGUGAUCUUGUAAUGAAAGGCCUAGGAAAAAAGCUUAUGUUUCAUGCUGGAGAAAUUCCAGAGCACAUGAAGGAAUUUGCUUCCUUACAUGGAUUGCUGACUGCUUUUGAGGUGAAGAUGAGUGGCGCUUGCCCAGAGGUUGGCUAUACCUUUGUGCAUUUGAGUUUGCAAGAGAUUUUUGUAGCAUUGUGUCUCAUGGUAAGUAAGAGGGUGGACAAGAACUACUUGAGGAAGAAGUUCUUUUUGAAGUCAAAAUGGACUUUAAAGAACAAGGCAAAGACCAAGAUAAUGGCAAGUUUUCACAUCUUUCUCUCAGGCCUGUUGUCAAAAGAACAUAGGACAUUUCUCAUGCUGCUAGCUGAACAAGAUGAAGCUUGGAUGCAGGAUAAGCAGGAUGUAAUCCUGCAGUUUCUCAAGAAACUGGCAGCCACUAAUCUGAAAGGGCCUAAAGUCAUCGAGCUCUGCCACUGCACUUUUGAAACACAAGACCUCAGAGUAGUCCAGCACAUCGGGAGCCUGCUGAAUUUCAAGUGCGAGUUCAAAAACUUUAGACUCAUGCCCCUGAAUAAGUUGGCUUUGCUUUUUGUCAUGAACUUGGGCCAGGGUUUGAGUCGUUUGGAUUUUACAGGAUGUCUCAUGGACAUUGACUGUUUGGAAAUUCUGGCCAGCUGUAAAAAUGUAGAACACUUGAGAAUAUACCUCAGUUUGUCAGGUAGCAAGCUUGGAGAUGAAGGCUGUAGUUGUCUGCUGGAAAGCCUGCCUUGGAUAUCAGUUUCAAAGCAGCUGGAGUAAUCUCAGUCAAACCUCCUCUCUCUUAAUGGCAUUUGCAGUCUAUUGAAGUCAGUAAGUACAUGCCAGAGGAUGACGGAAGUACACAUCAGCCUUUGUCAUGAGACUGCAGUCCUGAGGUUUACAGGAGAAGAGUUUUCUUCCCUUCCUCCUAGGGAAGAGGCUGUGUGCUUCACUAAUGACCAACAAUACGGAGAGGAAAACCAGACUCCUACUACCCCACAAAAAACUAGACUGACAGACAGUCAUUCUCAAGCCAGCAACCUAGAGAAGCUGUGUGCAGUCCUGAAGGAAUGUAGCAGCAUCUCUGAGCUGGACCUUUUAAAUUAUUAUCUGGGAGAUGCAGGACUGCUGCAGUUGUUUCAGUCCCUCCCGAAUUUGAAAAGGUUAAGUUCUCUCAAACUUAAUGGUAACCAUAUCUCCCUGAAUUCUGUGUUUUUCUUAGCUCGGUCUUUAUUUACAUUGGAAGACAUUAAAACAAUGGACCUCAGCUUAGGACACAGCCAGGUGUUUUACAUAGCCUUUUGGGACAGAAUGAAUGUCACAAGUACCAGCAGAUGGAGAAGUGAUUUCCUCAUGCAUCCCAAGCAUGAAGCAGAAGGGCAGUGCUUUUGGAAUGGCCAGCCCCCAAAACACUCCUUUUGUCACCAAGGAGUUUUAUGCUCCAAAGCAAUGUUACUCAUCAAGUUGACAAGCAGAGAUGACCCUAGAAAGAUUUUGAGACUCACAGGGUGCAAAUUUCAACCAAAACACUUGGAAAAGUUGUGCUUGCUCAGAAAAUGCACUAGUCUGACAGGGUACGAAUCCUCAUAUAACAAUAUGAUGGUCUAGGCUGCAGAAAGACUUUUGCAUUCUCUGAGAAAAAAUCUGAGUCCUCUGAAAAUCAGCAUGGAAGAACCUUGGGUACAUAAAUAAAGUGUCAUGAACCUUAUUUACCUGGCUGUCCAGACCUGUGGAAACAUUACUGAGAUCAUAAUAUGUAAAAAUAAAUACCUCUUCCAAUUAGGUAUAAGGUUCCCACUCUACCUGGGGAAGGUGGAAUCAGACGUUAGCAGGUUGAAUCUGUGAAAACCAGAAAAGCAUGCUGACUUUGACCAAAGGGUUCAUGAAAACUGUGCUCAGCUUCAGGAACUGAGAUGGUCUCAUGUUGAGCUUCACAAUGUUGGAACUGUUAGGAUUUUGCUACGUCUUCCAGAGCUGAAGAAACUGACAUCUAUCAGUAUUAUGCCAGCUGGAAUGGAUUACUUGAUCUCGGGCUUGCAGAACUGCCAGGCCAUUGAAGAGCUCAGCUCGGGCCACAUGAAACUUGGCAGUGCUGCUGUUCCUAAGGUUGUGCUGGGGCUUUGUGAAAUGCCAUCUCUGAAGAGGCUUAUCUUGAACCACAACAGUAUUGGUAAUGAUGGCUGCUGCAUACUCACAGAACCCUUGAUGAAUAGGCACUACAUGGAGGGAAUCUCUUUAAGCCACAACAAGAUUGGAGAUCCAGGCCUAGAACUAGCUGCUGUCCUGCUGGAAAUGCAAAACUUGAAGAGAAUCAACGUUUCAGGGAACAUUCCUAGCUCUGCUGGGGUGAAGCUUAUGGAAGCUCUUACCUAUUGCAAAAGCAUGGAGGAGUUACUGCUAUCUUGGAAUGUUUUUGGAAGCAGAACAGCAGUGAAACUUACCUGCUGUCUGUCUCACAUGACCAGCCUGAAGGUCCUGCACUUGCAGAACAAUAACAUUGGGCCAGUGGGAGGCAUGGAGCUGGCCAGAGCCUUGGUGGCAUGUGGGCUGCUGGAAGAGAUGAGUUUAUCAGAAAAUGACCUUGGGGAAGGAAGUAUCUAUGCCCUGUUCGAGGGGCUGCCAUGUUUUGAACACCUCCAAAAGACUGACUUGAAACUCUGUGGAAUCAUUGACAGUGCUUCAAAAUCACUUUCUUAUGGCUUCCAACAAUGCCCUUCCAUGGAGGAGAUAAUACUGUCAUGGAACGCCUUUGGAGAUGGAAGAGCCCAAGAGUUGGCCAGUGCUCUUGCAGGGAUGGAAAAGCUGAAACUUCUGGAGAAAAAUCACAUUGGUGUCUAGGCCACAAAGCUCACAGAAGAACUUGUCAAAUGCCCAGAAAUUCAGUUCAUAAAGCUGUGGGACAAUCCAGUGCCCAGAGGCCUGGCUGAGAAUUCGACAAGCCAAGACCCAAGACUGUGUUUCUCCUUCUACUAG